AUGGAUGUAAGCUCAACCCAAGAAUCUUUACUGGAAGACCACCUCUUACUCACCAACAAAAUAAACAUACACCGCUGCUCAGACUACUGUCUAAGAAACCCAAAACGUAAAAAUAUAUCUGAAAAAGAAUGUCGCAUGGAAUUUGGCAGCAGUUCUAACCCUGGUAAAGAACUCAGAACCACUCCAGCUAUAGUAAAUGACAAAAAUGGGUCACCAAGACUUGAAAUGGCAAGGGACCAUCCAAUGCUUGUACAACACAGUCAAUAUCACACGCAAGCAUGGCGUGCAAAUGGUGACAUUUCAAUCAUUUUGUCAAAAAGUGAUCCAGAAAAUCCUUCUGUGAAUGAUAUCAUUGCAACAGAAAAAUAUGUUACUGGCUAUGCCUGUAAAGGAGGGGAAUCAACAGGGGCUGUUGUAGAUUUUUUCAACGACAUGAUUAAUUCAAGCAGCGACGAUUCUACUACAAAAUCAUUAUGUACAAAAUUACUGAUGCAAACAACAAAACGUGAUGUUUCUGCUGUUGAAGCAUCAUUCGAAUUAUCAAAUUUACCCCUUUACAGAUGUAGCCAUACUUUUCAAAAUGUCAGCUUGAGUGGUUCUCGAGUUCUUGAAAGAACAGGAAAAACAUUAACUAAGAAAACCUCUCUUGAUAAAUAUAUAUCUCGACCAGAUAAUGCAACAGAAUCAUGGUAUGGAUAUAUCUGCAAAUCGGGAUAUGUUCCGGUUAUAUCUGGCAAAAAUAUUUAUUGUACCUGGCCUUUGACAGAAGAAUAUUGCAGAACCAUGAUUUUGCUGCAUUGGCCAAACUGGAGAAAAAUCAGUGACAUAAAAAAGGACAACAUUUCCUGGUCUGAAAAGAUGUCAGAAUUUUUACAAAUGUCAGCUCGACCGAACUUUGUGAAAGCAGAUGUGGAAAGAGCGAGACUUACCUCCAAGAAAGGAUCAAGAAACGAUGACGAUGGUGGUAGUGAUGAUGACAGUGAUGGUAAUGAAGAUGUAUUACAACCUGAAUGGAUUGAUUUGGUACAACCAAAUGUGGAAUACAAAGAAGUUACUGAGGAAUUCAAUUACAACGAUGGAGGUAUAGAACAUGACUGGUCGACAAAAAGUGCCAAAUAUCCACCUGACCUUGGAAUACAAUUUUUAGAACAAAUAAUUUCCGACAUGAAUUCAGACCAGGAAAUGCUGAACCUUCCUGAUGUUGAUAUCUCCAGUCUUAACACUGAACAGGAAUUUGCUUUUAAUCUUGUUAUAAAAGCAAUACUUGACUCUAUACACUCUCCAAAUGUCCACCCAUUACGUCUCAUUGUAGCUGGUACAGCAGGAUCAGGCAAAUCAUAUCUAAAUAAAUGCCUGGUUAAAACAAUAAGAUUGCUAUUUCAAUCUAAUAAAUGUGUUCAAGUCCUCUGUCCAACUGGCAGUGCAGCAAACCUUAUAUCUGGGGUAACAAUACAUAGUUUUCUUAAAAUUCCAAUAGUUUCUAAGUCUAAAGAAAUGACUUUACCAACAGGUCAUACGGCUGAGUCACUACAAGAAAACUGUGAUGGCCUCAAAGUCCUCUUAGUUGAUGAGCGGUCGCUCAUUGGUUGUUCAACUCUCGGGUGGAUGGAAUUUAACUGCAGAUUUGGAAUGAAAUCUGAUUCCAAUUGGGGUGGUCUUCCAGUAGUUGUGUUACUUGGUGAUGACGUACAGCUAUCACCUGUUCUGGACUCUCCUCUUUACAAGCCAAAUGCUAAUUGUCCAGCAGCAAUGCAUGGCAGCUUGGUCUGGCAAGAUUUCAAUACAGCAGUUACUUUAAAAACCAUAAUAAGACAAAAUGAAAGUCAACAACAACUCAAGUCUGUUUUAACAUCACUCAGACAAUACAAGUUGACUCCAGACCAAGCUACAUGGUUGCAAAAUUAUCAGUGGGAUGACCUAAGAAAAAACUUCAAUCAUGACCUAUCACAUCGUAUAUCACAAAAUGGCCUCUAUGUAUUUCCCACACAUAAUGAGGAGUGGAAGCAUAACAAAAACAAAAUCCUUGAAAUUAACAAAGUUUACCCCAUUGCCAAAACAGUAGCAUUAAAAGAGGAUAUUCAAGCCAAUACCUGUACCUCAGACAAAGCUGGAGGGCUGUUAAGUAUAGUUUAUCUUUGCAAAGAUGCAAAAGUGAUGCUGACAUCAAACCUUUGUGUUAAGUAUGGUCUUUUCAAUGGUUCUGUUGGCACAGUUAUUGACAUCAUAUACCCUGAAAACGAAACCCCCAAAACAUCACUACCACUUGUUGUAAUGGUUCAGUUUGACAAAUACACAGGUCCACCUUUUAUACAUGACAUUCCUAAAUGUGUACCAAUAACAUCAAUAAAACGUGGGCUUGAAUGUCCUUGUCACAACUGCAAAAUUACUCAAAUUCCAUUACGCCUAGGCUGGGGUACUACAAUUCAUCGUUGUCAAGGCAUGACAAUAGGUGAAAAUGAGUCCAGUAGAUAUAUAGUAAUAAGCCCAGGUACAAAAAGUUUUGAAUCGCGCAAUCCUGGUGCACUUUUUGUUGCUCUUUCCAGAGCUAAAACUGCUGGCUCAGUAAACGAAGAUCCAGAUUUUGCCUGGCAUCCCUCUGUAUUGGUUAAUCAGGAUAGAUUUUGUCAUGUUGUCAAUACACCUACAACACAGGCAAGAGACAAAGAAAUUAAAAGAAUUGAAACUCUUAGUCUGAAGACAAAGGAGAACUAUGCCAACAUUAAAUAUGAUGAGAUCUUUCAAGGAUUUAUAUCGAAUAUCAAAAACAGUUCCCCAUCAAUUGAAGAGUAA